AUAGGGAGAAGACCUCCAAAUCAAGAACUCCCCCUUCUAAGAAAUGUUCACAUCUCACAGGCGAAGAGAAGAAUCUGUUUCUUCUUUUUCUUUCAAUUAUUAUUGUUAGGGUUCGCUUUUUCUAGUGGAGAUUUCAGUCUUCUUCAAGGGUUUGGACUCAUUCGAUUUGUUUAUUAGGGUUUCUGUUGGAAUUUCUCCAAAGAGGAUUUCCUCUGUGGGAAGUAUGAAAUGAAAUCUGAUUGGAGUUGAAGGAAAAUUUCUUCCGCUUGUAGUUUCUUUUUCGUUCACUGAGAAUUUUUUUCUUCCAAGGGACGAAUUUGGUUAUUAUUUGCUUAUGAUUUUUCCCAUUGUUGAUUUUUCUCAGUUUUUCUUUCAAUAAUUCGAUUAGUUUCGAGGUUUGUUGUGGUUCAAGCUUGACGAUUUUGGUUAUUAGGGCAUCCUUGAUAUUGUUCUGGUUAGGAUUUUGUCUUUAUUGGAUUUGUAAAUCUAUCUAAAGAAUCGAAGCGAUGAAGAUCCAUCCAGCUCCAAAGAAACGGAACAUCGCGUUCGGGUAUGAAAUCAAUUCAAGCAUCUUGGAGGCUAACAGACUCAUGGGAAGGCAGAAGAAGCUCCGUCGACUUCCUCACAUAUUCAGUAGAGUCUUGGAGCUGCCCUGCCGUUCGGAUGCUGACGUUUUGAUCGAAGAGAAUUCGGAUUGUUUCCGCUUCAUCGUCAUGACCGACGAUGUUGGCAAUGAUGUGAGAGCCCAUACCAUCGAAAUUUAUCCUGGAGUUACAAAGAUUGUGAUCAGAGGGAGCAACCUUCUUGAAUUGUCUAUGGACGAGCUUGAGCUCGAUGUAUGGAGGUUCAGGCUUCCAUCAUCGACAAGGCCAAAACUUGCUAAUGCUGUUUAUGUUGAUGGGGAACUAAUUGUGACUGUCCCGAAGGGUGGAGGCACCGAUGACUCUGGUGAUGCGAAUUAAGAGGAAGAAAUUUGGGGUGAGGGAAAUGGGAAUCUCAGGGGUGGAAUGGGUCGUCUAGUCCUUGUACAGUAACACCUCUCUUCCAUUCCUGUGUCUUCAAAGUUUCGUUUAAGCUUUGUUAAUGGAACUAGUUUUUAUAUAUGCUUGCUUGCUGGCUGGCUGAAUUAAGAAAUAUGGUUGGUGCGGUUA